AUGGCGGCAUUUCUCGAAGAACACGACGAUUCUAUCUUCCCGGAACGCACUUCUGCAAAUAAUACACAGUGUGUUCUUUCGGCACAAUUUCAGCUGAUAAAAAACUUCAGUUACAUUCUAGAAGACGACAAGGUUUUGAAUGAUUGUGUGAACGAGAUUACGCGCGCUCUUAUGCACUCCGACGUUCAGCUCUCCAUCGUCAAGUUAAACGAUGUCGCUGCAGGCCACAACAAACGCAAAAUUAUCAAACAGGCUAUUUUCUGCGAACUAUGCAGGGUAUUGAAUUCGGGGAAGGCUUCAUUCACCCCAAGAAAAGAGAAAAAUAGUGUUGUUAUGUUUGUUGGUUUGCAAGGGUCGGGGAAAACAACGACUUGUACGAAAUAUGCACACUUCCAUCAGAAGAAGGGAUGGAAACCUGCUUUGGUUUGUACAGAUACAUUCAGAGCUGGUGCUUUUGAUCAGUUGAAGCAAAAUGCCGCUAAAGCUAAAAUUCCUUUCUAUGGCAGCUACACGGAGUCGGAUCCCGUGAGAAUUGCCGUACAAGGGCUUGAAAGGUUUAACAAGGAAAAUUGCGAUCUCAUAAUCGUUGAUACAAGCGGACGUCACAAGCAGGAAACAUCUCUUUUUGAAGAGAUGCGUCAACUUUCUGAAGCAACGAAGCCGGAUCUUAUCAUAUUUGUCAUGGACAGCAGUAUCGGUCAAGCCGCCUUUGAUCAAGCUCAAGCGUUCAAGCAAAGUGUUGACGUCGGAGCAGUUAUUGUCACUAAGAUUGAUGGCCAUGCUAAAGGAGGCGGUGCUCUCAGUUCAGUUGCAGCGACAAAAAGCCCAGUCGUAUUUAUGGGCACCGGUGAACAUAUGGACGAUUUUCAAGUAUUUGAUGUCGAACCAUUUGUUAGACGUCUUCUAGGUAUGGGUGGCGACUGGUCCUGGUUCGUCGACAAAAUUCAAGAAGUUGUGCCGAUUCUCCAGAAAUUUUCUGAAGGAAACUUUACUCUGAGAAAGUUGGAUAGUCCAAAUGCGGAGUUGAUGAACGAAUCUCGAAUCGCGCGCAUAGCUAAAGGAUCUGGCUCUCCUGCCGAGGAUGUGAAGGAGAUGAUGGAAACGUAA